CAGGACUUCAGCAAUGUCACUACUCUACGAGUGUGUGAAUACUAUGAUUGCAGGUAGAUUUCCAAGUUAAACUACAAUAUCCCUGUACUGUACUUGUCAACUGGUUGGAUGUAAACAUGCUGUGCCAUUUCAACCCGAUGUUUCCUUUUCUGAACAUGAUUUAGCGAAUUUACUGCAUGAACACGCCAACUUAAUAUGUUGUAGGUGUGGGAGUUCUAUAAUGUAGAUCUUUGUUCUUGUUCCGUUUAACGUUUUAUAAAAUAUAAUCUUCAUUUUUAGGUGUUCCUAACCACACACCAUCAAUGCAGGUAUGCCAUGUGCUGUAUUAACGGAUUGUCUAAGGAUCUUAGUUAACUUUUUAACGAUACAUGUAUGUCUUUGGACAAUAGGGAUCUACUUGGUUGUCUAGCAUAUUUAAUACAUUGGUCCUACAGUAGAUCUCAUAGUUGGAUUUGAGUGGGUUUUUUUUUUGGGGGGGGGGGGAGGUGCGCAGCCGUUUAGGCCUUACUGUAACUUUAGCACACUCUCCCCAUGAAUAUUAAAAUUUCGUGACAUAAUUUGCGGUGUCGGUGGGCUGACGCAACCCCCCUCUGCCCUGAAAAAAUACUCUCUCUGUCAGGGGUAAAGUCUAGGUCCGCAUCUGGUCAGUUUGCUGACUAAAUAUUGCACUGUAUGCUUUCUUUUUGCGCCUAAACUCCGGAACAAGAAUCGGCCCCAUUCGCUCCAGCCGUCAGUGCGUUUUCAUGCUAAGUUUAAAGUAUUUUAACAUUUUCCUGUUUCUGUUUUCACAGUUAUGUGUCCAAAAAUUGAGAAUUUUUAUUGAAGACUGCGACCAAAACUGUAAGUAGUGUAUAUAUUGCCAACACGAUCUUUUCGUCUUUUUGGAGUUUUCACAGUAGUUCAGUAGUGACUAUAGUGUGUUGCUUUUCCCUCACUUGAAACUUCAUGUAAGCAUCUGCGGAGGAGAGGGGUGUGUUGUAUGUAUUCCAGAUUCGAGAUGCGUUGCAAAUAUUACUUUAGUUGAUGCGCGAAUCCUCAUAUACCUGAAUGAAAUGUUAUAAAGUCUUGUGACUGUUGCCUAACAAUUGUUUUGUUUCAGUGAAAUAUCUCGGAUUAUUGGCAAUGUCAAAAAUUCUGAAAGUGCACCCGAAAGCAGUAAUGCCGUUAAAGUAAGUAGAAGCUAUGAAAUUAGUUUUGUUUUUGGUAAUCUUGAAUCUAUUGUGGUAAUUUGUCAUGCUUUAUUGGAAGUACCUGCUUGAAAAAGAUUAAAACUAUUUCAAGCAAAAGUUCUUCGUCAGGAGGAUAUUCCACGAACCUCGUGGGAAAGGCCGUCCCUCGAUACAUUUUAGUGUUUUUAAUCUCAAAUAACGGACAGACCUAAGGGAGGUGUUUUUGUGGAGGCGAGCCAGCCCGGGUACUCGCGCUAGCUUUGCCGAGCUGAUUUCAUCCAGUUUUUACAUGAGAUUUUUGAGACGGACUGGCUCGCGAAAACAAACCACUGGUCUCGCCGCUAUAAAGUAUAUGAAUAUAUUUCUCACGAACCUGAAAUACACACUUUCGCGAGCGACUUUCACGUUUAUAACCAAACAGGAUCGAAUUUGAGCCUUAUUUUGUUACUAUACUAAGUCAAAGUUAAAACAGAAAGGCGCGAAAAGUCUUGACUGGGCCCAGGAUGCCAUGAAAUGAAUGCUCAGCGACUUGGCCAUUUUUCUGUGCAUUUCCGGUCGUGUCCAGGUAAUUUCAACGCUCACUACUAGACCACAAUGCUUCUUGCACAGGUCCCUAUGUUUAAUAUUUCUGUAUCUCAAUACUCUGAGUCAUAAAUGAGACUCAUAUUAAUGCGGUAAUUUUCUGUUCAUUUUUAGAGAUAUUAUUUUGCAUUGUCUCGAUGAUAAAGACGAGUUUAUUCGCAGAAGGGCGCUCGAUCUGAUCGUAGGAAUGGUGAGUUUGGAGUGAAGUUGUUUUUUAUAUCGUUAUGCCAAUAAUCUACCACUUUUGUUUGGUACAUUAUUGAAAAUAAUCUAUUCUUUGUGUCAAAACUUUGUUUAUUUCGUAGUAAGCAAUAUUACAUAACAGAUAAUACAUAACGCAAUAACACACAACUGAACAAUGCAUCUGAUGGAUUCUUGGUUUAUAAAUAAAAAAACCCAAACAACAGUGUACGCUAGGUUUGUUUGCUGAUCUUCAAUUCGGGAGUUUUGAGUCACGCGAUUUAUGUCACAAGAGACAUUAACCUGUUAACAUAAAGGAAUAGUGGAUUUUCGGACGGAAUAAUACAUGUACCGUACAUUUUAAAAUCUGAUAUUCUCAUGGCGUAGAAUUCGCGGUCAUAAACGUUGUAGAAUUUCACUGGAAUACUUACGGCGAAAAGGCUUUUUUUGGCUGAAGAAAGUACCACCUGAAAGUUGUACUGUACCUGAAAUAGAAAUAUGAGGCUUACCUAAAAUUAUCAAAAAGUGAUUGGCUCCUGCGGUUUUUCAGGUUGCAAAAGCGCGACUGUUUUAUUCCUUUGUAGCAGCGAACGCACGUCAAAGACCCCAAAAUAUCGACUGUUUGAGGCAACAACGCUGAUUUCACGAAGGGCACCACUCGGAACAUGUAGGGUUUUAGGUAACCUUAAAGACAUAAAAAUCGUGGAUGGUUUGCGUUGAGGAAAGAUGUGGUUAUUUAAAUACUGCAUGUAUUUAAAUAAACACUAAACUUAUUAUUGCGAAAAUAUAACGCGAAAUUUUCUUUCCCUGUCUUUUCGCCAUUGCUCAAGUAACUUGCCGGUAUGAACCGAAGACACACGGAGGGUGCAGCGAACGCGCGCGCCAAUCAUAUCAAAGGACAAGGGAAGAACAAAUUAAUUUCCCCCCCCCCCCAUUUGUUGACCGUUCUACAUUACGAAUUCUACGCCAUGGGUUGUAUAACGAAUUCUACGCCAUGGGUUGUAGUUUUAUUAUAUAUAACCCUCUAGUUGAAAGCGGAAAUAACCUCGUUAUCGUGCAACGACAUCCAGUUAACCCAAUCAGAACACGCUUGACAUGUGACAAGUUUUAAACUGGACCAAUCAUAGAACUUUUCUGUGUAAUUAUUCAAUCAGGAGACUGAAUCAAAAUCUGACCCUUGUUUAAACCGACUUGCGCGGUGGGAUCAAUCAAUUGACGCUUCCAACUAGAGGUUUAUUUUCCCUUCGCCAUUUCUAAUAUUAUAUGCAAUGAAAAUAAACCUCGUACCAAAAUUCGCGUUCUAAAUUCAUCCCUGGUCUAAUCAAUCUCGUUCCCCGACCCUGCGAUCCUCGGGAAGGAACGCGAGGCUCUGGGAUAAUCUGUUUCAGGGAGGAAUCUGAUUGGCCAUUGAAAUGGAACGCGUAGUUCAAUCUUAGCCAGGAUUCUUGGCUUCCGAUAACGGACUAUCCCAGAGCCUUCGAUUCCUUCCCGAGGAUCGCAGGCUCGGGGAACGAGAUUGUGGUCUAAUGUAAAUGGCUUGAUGUCGUUUUAGGUCACGAAAAAGAAUUUAACGGAUAUUGUUAAGAAAUUGAUUCAUCAAACGGAAAAAUGCGACAGUUCUGGUACGUUCGUUAUACAAUAUCAUGUUAGUGUGAUUUUCAGCUGAAAUAGUGUGUGUACUGUAUCAUACUGUAAAUAGAAUUUUCUCCAGUGCUUGAUAAAUAAUAUCUACACGCACCCCUCGAUAAUUUCUGAAAGCCUUUGAAUGGUAGCAGGAUAACUGUAUGAAAAGCUGUAACAAUAAUUUUACAAUAAUAGUUUUGUUUGUGGAAACACCACGUAAAUUUAUUACUGCAAAGCCUUCGAUCCGUAAGCCCGGAUCUUCAUCAGUGCUAAUAAUAUGACAUAUUAUUAGCACUGAUAUAAGAUCCGGGCUUACGGAUCGAAAGCUUUGCAGUAAUACAUUUACGUGAUGUUUCCACAAACAAAACUAUUAUAUUUUAUCGCCAUGCAAACAUACAAAGAACUUAAUAAUUUUACAAUCUUGAAAGCAUUGAUAGGCUAUAACAAAUUUGCAUAAAAUUUAAGGUAAAAAGGUGUAAUGACUUGUUUACAUUAUCAGAGUUUCUGUGAUCACAGUAGGAAUCUUGUUUAUAGGUAAAUUCUAAGUUUUGAACGAUUUCUAAGAAAUGUUUGAGGGAACUGACUCGGUGUUUAACACUGAGUCAAUACUAUGCAAAAUUCCUACUGCGCAUGAUCACAGAAACUCUGUAAACCAACACCGCGGAAAAACGUCUGCGCAUGCGUCAACCUUACCUGUAAUAGUAUUGCGAACUUGAUGAGAAGCUGUUCCGAACGUUUCCGAAGGCUCAAAAUGGCGGUAAAAAGGAGUGACUUCAUUGUGCGUCUUUACAGCCAGAUUUCAAGCGCAAAAAUAAACAUGUCAUUCUAAAAACUAGAAAUAAAUACAGCCAGAAGGUUCAAGAAAUUGUAUUGUACAAGAACAUGAACUAAAGGUGAUUGUUGACAAAUUUAUCGUCUGAAACAUUUUGUUUAUCAACUAAGCAAUGACAAUUUCCGAAUUUUCGUUUGAGAUACAUUUCUUUAAAAAAAACGGUGUCGCCAAAUAUAAAAAAAUUGCGUGUUCACAAUAAUUAAACUUUAGGAUUUAUUCUACAAUUUGAGUGGGUUAAGAAGCUUAACUUUUCGAGAGUUUUCUUAACUUUUUAGUUUGAAUUUUUGUUUUGAAUAAUUUUGCAAAAAUUUUCGAAGUCGUGUCCGUUAAAAUCAACAAUUUUUUACAUGAAUUAUAUUUCAUUCCAUACUUUAAAUGCCAGGACGCUUUCAAUUAAUGUCUAGUAUACCCAUUUGCUAUAUUUUCUCGUUUGUUUUACUAAUUUUUGACCAAUUAAUAAGCAUGUUUUUGUUUUAGAAAUUGAUAUUCAAAUUCCCCGCCAUAUUUUCAUAAUUUGGUGCAUGCGCAGACGUUUUUCCGCGGUGUUCUGUAAACCAGCCUUAAAUACGCAAGAUUUGCGGAAACAAAAUAGUGUUAAUAUGUUGAUAACCUGAAUUACUAACCACCCCCCCCCCCCCGCCCCCAAGUGUCUGCCACUGCUUUACACAUGGGUUAAUUCUGUAUCGUAAUUUUGUACCAUACUUGUUUUUGUCAGGGUAUCGCGAUGAACUUAUAUCAAAGAUAAUUAUGAUUUGCUGUCAGUCCGACUAUCAGUAUAUCACAAACUUCGAGUGGUAAGUGCUGUGAAAUUAUUCUCCCUUCCACACCCAUUCAUCAUACCCUCUGAAAUACAAUACAAUUUUUUCUCAACUUAUUCUAUGGAAGAUACCUCAACCCCUUCAGGAAGUGCAUCUUCACAAUUUAGUCCCUAUAGGGAAAAAGCGAAUUUCUAUACCUCCAUGCUCUUGUUUCAAGUAAAACGAUUGACGAUAAUCGAACGAAUUGUCGCUGAAUGCACCAGAACGUUUGUAGUCGCCAUUGCCUGCACGAAGAAGGUUAACAGAAGGGUGCGCAGGGCUCGAAAUAACAGCCGAUCAACGAUCAAUGAUCGGCAGGAAAUUGUUUUUGAUCGGCGAAGAAGCAAGGUUGCCGUUCAUCUUGAUCGGCAGAAAUAGAUUUGGCCAAUGACAAAUAUAAGUAACAUAAAACACAUUCAAAAACACGCGAAAAGCUCUUGUUUAGUUGAUACGAGUCAUACGACAGGAAAGGCCGCAAGACUAUAUUCUCGCUCUAAAGUAAUUUACUAUAAAAACAAAUUUGCAUGAAAUACUGUCGUCUCUUCAACAGUUUGCAAUCCGGACCGCUGACGACGAACGUUUUUGUUAUAAUAAUUUCAAUUUGAUAGGAUUUUUUGAGUAGGAUUUUUUCUUUUUAGUACGAUUUUCUCUUUUAAUACUAUUAAAUAAUAAGUUUUAGUUCUUAGUUGAUAAUGCUGCUGUGUUCCUUGCUUUUACGUGAAAUGCAAUAACUAUAAUUAAAACUUGAAAAGUGCUUUAAUAAACUAAAGUUUAUUAAAAGUUUAUUAAAUGUAGUUACACUAUUAGAAUUAUAAUAAGUCCAAAAAUGUCGUAGAUUUAAACUUGAAUUUGAAAUAAAGUUAAUUACUAUCAUAUUUAGAAUUUUUUUCAAGGAAACUUAGUCUUAGACAAAUAUACUCCUGAUCGGCCAAAUUUUUAUUUGAUCGGAAAAAGGUCGUGAUUGCCGAUUACCAUGAUCGGGAACGUUGAGAACGUUAUUUCGAGCCCUGGGUGCGAGUAUUAAAUGUAAUGGCCGAUAAAUGAGCACAUUUUGGUGAACAAUAUUUAAUAGUUAUUGGAUAAGGUUGAGCACGUGAUAUCGAAAAUUAUCAAGCCCGAGGUAGUGUUAUCAGAUAACACAAAUGGAGGACUUGAUAAUUCUUGAUAUCAGUAAAAUGUUCUUAGGAUUUCGACAAUGGCCUCCUUUUCUUGAGAUUCGGUUAUCUUUUACUUUAUGAGAUACCCGUUGAGAACUCUGAAUGCUGGCUUUGUAGCUCGCUUAGCGUUUCUUCUUCGUCAAUAGUUUUUGUAAAUUAUUUUCCGUUACCGUGGCGAAUUUCGUUAUGUCUUUAUUUUAGCUUCGAAUAAAAAAAAUGGCAUGGCGAUUAUUCUCUGUAGAACUGACGUAUAUAUCUACACGUAUGUACAUGUAGAAAACUGUUGUCUGCAAGUGUGAUGUAAUAACUGCGCGAUAUCAAGAAUUAUCUGUAGACUACCAGCCAAUCAAAAUAGAGAUUGUGUAAGUAAUGCGUACUGAUUAUCUUUACAGGUACAUUGACGUUUUAAUCCAGUUGACAAAGGUGGAAGGAACAAGACAUGGUAAACUUAUUGCUGCUCAAAUGUUGGACGUUCCUAUCCGUGUAAAAGCUGUGAGAUCGUACGCUGUACAAUGUCUGGUGAGUCAACAACAAUGAGAUACAUAAUUUAUAAGCCGGAGGUUUACGGUAUACCAUUUCGAUAAUUACGUCACAACCUCUCCUUUUCCCAGGAGCCUCAUUCUCAUGAAUAUGAACCAAUCGCCUUUCGUCUUGAUUAAAAUGAGAUUGCGAGGCUCCCAGGCCAAGGAAGUAUUCGUGAUGUAAUUAUGGAAAGAAUUUCAACCCUUUUAAUAUACAGUUCAGUAUGAUGCACGUGCUGUUACAUUAUGGAAUAUUCUUUUAUUCUGCUCUACCUAGUUUUUUCUCCAAUGCAUCUUCAUUUAAAAGACUCGUAAAGACAAUGUACACUUACAUGUAACAUACUAAAUACGAUUUUUGACCAAAACAUGAUUUGUACUUGGUCAAUAAACCUUGGUUGUGAUAAAGUUUAUUAGAUAUUAGUAUAGAUAUUAUUUCAUUGCAUUAAUAGUUAUUUAGUUUAUUAAUUAGAAAAUUUAUAAAAUAGAAUGUCAAUGUAAUCAUAAGGGGCACCUUGCAAGGGUCUAACUGUCCUGUUCGUGCCUUGUCCCUUUGAGUUACUCAUGCACUAUAAAUUUGAAAUACUUAUGCAAUUAUUGUAAUGUGCUAUAUGCGUUGUAAAUCAGUAAUGUGGUAUAAUUCCAUGAUUAUUGAUUGGUAUUCACGAGUACUGCUGCAUAUAUUGCUUACAUCUCAGCUUAGCAGUCGACUAAACUUUUUUCUUCUUCUAGUCUUUCCUGUUAGACAGCGCAGAUCUGUUAAGUGGUUCGAUACAAAAACAUGGCAUGUGUGAAGUUCUCUUUGCUGCGGCCUGGAUUUGUGGAGAAUUUGCUAAGUAAGUUCAACAUUAAGAUAAAAUGUUUAUAGUGAUAAAAAAAACACAUUAAGAUGGAAUAAUUACAGCCAACUCGAAUUCUAUAUUACAUGCGUCCUUUAACAAGCACAUUAAGAAUAUUACAUUAUUUACUAAAGACACUAAUCGUAGGGUGGCUGCCAGAGGCGCCCUUAGAAAGCCUUCUACUUGUACAGGGGUUUCAGAAAUUAUUGGGGGAUGGGGGAGGGCCAGUUCCCCCUAGUGUCCACAACUGUGUUUAGUACAAUAUUUCUGUGGAUGUGAAGCCCCUUGGUAAGCAGUAUGCUUUUAGAUUAUAAUUAUCAAUUAAUACAUUGAUAUACAUAAUGCCAAAGAACAGCAUAUUUUACAUGGUCAACUUGCAAAAUCUUAUCUCUGUUCUUGUAGUUUCCUUCCUGACCAGAAAGCUGUGUUGAUGUUUAUGCUGAAGUCAAGAGUUGCUUCUCUACCUGGACAUAUUCAAAGUGUUUAUGUUCAAAACAUUCUCAAACUCUAUUCAUAUAUUAUGGCUAAAGCAGAAGAUGAGGUAUAAGCUGGCCCUAUUUAAACAGUGAUUAUAAAGUUUCUGGCCCAGUUUGUAUGAGACAUGAGACGAAGUUUUGUUCAGAAAAAAAAUGCUCAUACCUGUCGCCCAUUUUCAACAGGCAAUCCACAUUCAUAGGAAAGGGUCCUAAGUAAAAAGCAGUAAUUUAUUAAUGGCGCUCAAUGGUUUAAUAACUUACAAUGCCCUUGUCUGACUAUUGUUAUAUUUCAUGAUUUAAUCACUAUUUAUAUCUAUGUGCUAGAGUAUGAUGUGUUUGUAUACUGCUGUCGUUUUGCAUCUCAGAGUGAGCAGUUGUAUACCAAUGGUACGGGGUGCCAACCAGAGGGGGGAGAGGGAAGUUUUCCCUUGGGCCCCGGCUAGAGUGGCCCCCAAAUAGCAAUAAACGGUCAAACCUGUCUGGGGGCCCAAAGUCAUAUUUUGCCCCGGACCCCCAAAAUUAUUUGGAAGGCCCUGAUGGUGCUUGUGUACAGCACUCAUCAAUGUUGUUUAUUAAAAAAUUAUACUUGUGUUUUACAUUAUAAUUAUUAUUUUGUCUAGGGAGACAUGACAAAAGCUCAAGAACUUGGACAACUUGUGGUAGAGAAGUUACCAAUGUUUACCCAAAGCAGUGAUUUAGAAGUCCAAGAAAGGGUAUGAAAUAUGUUAAUUUCUAUGAAAAUUUAAAAUAUGAUAACACACUCUGUCAACAUGUAUGAUGACACAUUUAUCGAGAUUUCCGUUUCAAGGCAAGAAUUGCCUCGUGUAACAUGUGAUUAAAUUUGUUAAACAAACUUACAGUAUGUUGUGUUCUAGGCAUGUGUUGGUCUUCAACUGAUCAAAUAUGUUCUGAAACUGCAAGCAAAAGGUACAUUUUCCUUUUUAUUUUAGUUUAGAAAGGCUAAUUAGGUCUUAAGAUAAUAAUUAUAUUUAACCAGGAUACCCACAUCAUUUACGCAUUUUCAGUGGGUCCUGCAUCAAAAUUACAAUUAUUUACAAUAUAAAUUGUCAAUAUUUAAAUCGUAUAAAAAUUAUACAAAUAUAUACAACUAUGAUAAAAGAACAAUUAAUUUAUAAUUCAUAUAAAAAUUUAAUUCAGUCAGACAUGUGACGUGCCUCGAAUGGUAAGAUAUACUGUAAUCUACCAUACUUCUAUUGACUUAUGUCUACCAAGGUCCUACUAUAUGAACAUCAUUUCACAAUGCACUAUCUAGCUACGAACAAAUCAUAACAUAAUUAUUUACUUUUGCUUUGCAACUUUAGGGUGUUUAUCGUUCAUUCGUAAAUUGUUAAACUGUUAUUUCAGGUGUUCAAUGUUCAGCUGAGGUGUCUUUACUAUUUACUGGUGAAUUGAAUCCAGUCGCAACAAAAGCUCAGAAGAAAGUGCCAGUUCCUGAAGGGUAGGCAACAUAAAGCCUUCAUUAACAAGUACCAAUAACUUUCUGUACCUGGCAUAGUACAACUUUAUAAACGUCACUCUAUAAUAAAUAGAGUUACCGUUAGUUCACAUUCCAGUUAUGUUCUACCCUUCCUGGACGAAAAGAUCGAAAAUAGCAGUUUAACGGCUGCAGUCCAGUACUUGCAGAUAUAAACUACGUUAAGCAGAGGCCGCGGAAGCAUUUCGAAAGUGGAAGGGCAUUGGCCAAAUGGGGCACUUUUGUAUAUGACCAAAAUCAAACGAUUUUAUGUCGUUCACGAACAGGACGAAAAUGUUUUAAAAUAUGGAGUCUCUAUAACGUCGGAAAUGGCCUUUACAGAGUCUUUACUACUGCAAAAAGGGCACAUUCUUUCCAGCAAAAGAGGGCGUUCAUUCAAGAAAUACUUUUUUCGUUCUGUAAAUGGGGCACUUUAGCCCAGAGAAAAGGGCACUUUUUCACUUUUAAAAAAAGUGGGGGACACAUGCCCCUAUUGCCCCCCACCCCCCCGUUCCGCAGCCCCUGACGUUAAGCGUUCCUCUUUUGAGUUCCCAACUUGAUUGCAAUUUCAGUUCCAUAUUACCUUUACAAUGUUGAGGGAAUUUGCAAUGUUGCUACAAGCCAAUGAAAUUUUCCUUAGUUCCUGUUAGAAGUUCUUAACUUCCUGUUCUGUUCUGUGCGUUGUAAUUGACUAACAAAAAUAGUCCACCAAUGACAACGCUCAGAACAGGAAGUCAGGAAAUUGAAACAGGAAGUUAGGAAAAUUUAAAAGGAAAAGGAAAUAUUGCAACAGCCGAUAGGAACUUUGCAAAUUCCCUCAAUGAUUUGCAAAGAGGUUUUCAAACUUGCAAAGGUAAUUAGGAAAAUUUCAAAUAAGUUAGAAACGCUUGACGUAGUUUACCUGUAAGCGUUCUCCAUAUUUAGCUACACGCACAGAAAAGUUUAAAUCCAUUUGAAAGUUUCUUGGGAAAUAAUUAAAUGAAUGAAAGGACAGCAUGAUCUAAAGGUAGUUAGUACUUAUAUAAAAUUUAGAAAGAUUUCUACUUUUCCGUGCGAACAGGUACAUAUGAAAAACGCUGAACUAUAGAAAGCUGCCUUAACGCACCAGUGUUUCUUACUGUGUAUUUUUUCGUAGACUUGAUCUUGAUAAAUGGAUUAAUGAUCCACCUGAAAGUUCUGACGAGGAAAAUGAUGAUGACGAUAUUGACAGUAUGUUUUUUGAAGCGGAAAAGUAAGAAAUUUAAUUUUGUUUUUUAUGCGUAGUUCCGGCCAGUAAGAUGUCGACACUUAAGCUCGUUUUCCACUUCACCAUUUCGCUCGCCGCCAGCAACAUUUUGAUUUACGUCGGACAAAGCUACAGUUCGGUCGGGCAUCAAUACACUUGGGUCGGACAAACAUUAAACCUCAGUUUCACUUAGGUUGGACAGAAUGUCCCGUGGUUUCCUCUGUACAUCGGACAAUUUCAGGAAUGGAUCGGACAAUGUCCGUGACCGACCUAUAUAUUUAAGGCCUGGAUUCUAGUUUUCUGCGCAUACCUCCUGACCGAGGAACCGCUAAGUACGUAUGCGCUGGAGACUAGGUGAUUCGAGCUAGCUUGAAAUGUGAAAUCUUAUACGACGACGUAUAGGGGAGUCAUAUAGGGGUGAUUCGAUAAAAAAUAUCAUGCUCACGUUGUAUAAACCUAGCCUUAUGAGUGGACAAUUGACAGUUGAGGUACAAUAUUAAUUUUGUCAUUACAAUCUUCUAUUUUAAAACAUCUUGUUUAGAUCGGAAACACCUAGCUAUAAAAAACGCGAGCCUGAAAUUGAUGAGGAAGAGUUGGAAAAGGUUAGAAAUCAUUUAGAUAUUAAACUGUAGGUGACUGUCGUCAGGCUCCAGUUCAUUGCACAUGGAGGUCAUGAAACAAAAGAAUAUCAUUAGAAUCUCGGUAUUUUACCUUCAUCUGCGUUUAUGUUAAAAUAUUGUGAGAUUGCUUGAAACCCACCUAGGCGUAAAAACACAACCUGUGGUUCCGGUUCCCGACCGACCCUAUUAUUUUUUCAACGCGAUUGACCGUGCGACCCUAUUUUCUCUGGGUGGUUGCGGGCUGCUGCCAAAAUGGCGUCUGUUGUCACACUAAUUAUUGAAAAAACCAUGAAAAAAAUAUUCAAAAAAAAAUUGUUUCCGACCUACCAACCCUAAUUUUUUCGCGAUAUGAAACCGGAACCACAGGUAUUUUUUUUACGCCCUAUUAUCAGGAAAGCAUAAAAAGUUAUUGGUGCAGUAAAGUUCCUUCAAAUCAUCAUACGACAUUUAUACCAGCACUUGUGGUGUCAUGGUCAUCACGCUUGCCUUUCAAGCUUGGGCACUUGGGUUCAAUCCUUGGUCGGACCUCUAUACUCAAGGUCUUAAAAUAAUUGAGAGAAAGAGCUACCUUUACAUUGAAAUGGUUAGACUUUCCCGUCUCGGACGUUAAAUCGUAGGUAUUACCUCAAAUCCCCCAUCAACUGGGCAAUAGCCUGUUGGGAAAUCCGCUCAGCAAUGAAUGAGAAACUCAAUAAACAAGCAAACAUAUCAACACAUGUCAUCCCUUGUAAGCCAAUAUCGCAAAUUUAAUGUCAGUACUGCAUUUUGAUUUGGAUAUUUUCUGUAUUUAGAUGAGGGAGAAGAGACUAGAGCAACAAUUGCACAAUCCACAUUAUUUGAAAGGGGGCACAUCCAGCAAGACGAAGGCAAGUGACGCAAAUGAUACUCUACCUUUAGAUAGCAACAGAAGAAAAACAAGAAGAAACUAGAUCCAGUAAUAUUUCACAGGGGGAUUAACUUGAGAGGGGUGCAAGGGACUUGGAAAAUGGGGUGCAAGGGGGUUGGCAAUUUCCUUGUCAAAUACAUUUUGGAUUUGGAAAGGCAAUUACAAAACAAAAAUAAGAGAUAAAAUGAUUAAUGUAACAUGAUGUGAAGCAAGACCAUAGACUACUGUAGAGUCUUGAUGCCGUAGCUCCUCCAUCUGAUGAUUACGCAAUUGGUCAACGGUCGUAACCUGGACCAUGACGAUAGUUCGAUUAGCCCUGCUCCUACCAGAUCUGGGUGGAUCCAUCCCUAAUAUUUCGAAUUUAUUGCAAAUUCGUUUUGAUACUGUUGAAUUCGUGAUGCGACUGUUCUGAAAUAUUGAAUUGAAGAUGGGGCUUUUUUCAGACUUUCGUUGGUAGGAUGCACCUACCUCAAAAAUGUAAGGAGAAAUUCUCCAUAUUUUCAGGUAGUUGCAUUCCUACCAACGAAAGUUUGUUCAUAUUAUUGGCACUACCUACACUGGCACAGACAGUUCAAGGCUUUUUUCAGAGUGUGUUUCUUAUUAUUUUUUUGUCUUUAUAUAUAGAGCUCUCAGUCAAUGAAAGUUGAUGAUAUUCCUGUAGCAUCUUUGGAAAUACCUGUAUCUCUUCACAUUGAAGGUACAGUGCACACAGAAUAAUCAAAUUCGCAAAAAAGAGACUAUUGAUACAAACUUUUUGCGCUUACAAAACAAAGGACUGAUUGUAUUAAUUUCAGUGAUGAUGGUUUCAGUGAUCACAUUGUUCAGUGAUCACAAUGACGCCAUCUCGCGUAGUCAAACUUUGGCCGAAAGACAGUAAAUUCAUGCUUCGAUUAACGUCCAUGAAGGAGGCUUACUCUUCACAUGAUAACCAUAAUCGUAUAAACUAGCCUAAAGAUAUACAGCAUAUUCUGUCGAAAUAAUGUGAAGGUAAUAAAAGAGAAAUAUUAAGAGAAGAGAUGCAGUUCUUUUCAAGUUACGACUAAAACAUGGGCAUAUAAUGUAUACAAGGCAAAACCAUUCCAUUACCUGACUUUGUUAUACAGAGAAAUAUUAAGAGAAGAGAUGCAAUUCUUGCCAAGUGUGACUAAAACAUGGGUAUAUAAUGUAUACAAGGCAAAACCAUUCCAUUACCUGACUUUGUUAUACAGAGAAAUAUUAAGAGAAGAGAUGCAAUUCUUGCCAAGUGUGACUAAAACAUGGAUAUAAUAUGUGCACGGCAAAACUGCUCCAUUACCUGACUUUGUUAUAUUUUCUUAAUUCAGGUUCCAGCGCUGACAGGUCUUCUAGAAAAACCAAGAAUAAGAGGAAAAGAGGUAACUUUUUAAUAAAGUAUUGAAAUACAUUUUGCCUUCGGAGUUUACUUCUAUAAUAUAUGGGCUAUGUAAUAUAUACAGCAUCAGUGGCCGUGUUAUAUCAGCUAUGCAAACACGAGCCAAGGGCGAGGGAUUGUAUAUCUAAUACAACACGGACGUGAUUGUUGUAUGUAGCUUGUGAAGUGCUAUGAUCUAUAAAUUGACAUGCGCUUUUAAACAAUGAUUCCAAAAUAAGUUCGUAACUGAGAAAAUGAAGGGAAAUGUUUUUGUAAAACAUGAGAAUACUGUAUGUGUGGAUACAACAACUCAUAAAACAUCUUUUCUUCUUCAUAAUUAUUAAAUGCGUUUUACAAAUAUGUGUAAGACUCGUAUACGGAAUCCUUUUAUGGACUAUGUGGUUCAUGGGUUCAAUACAGAGUUGUCUUGUACAUGAUAUAGCGAAGGUUACGUCAGAUAGGGAUGUGCCGGUUACUUGUUUUGCCGGAUUACGGAUUACUGGAUACCGGUCAGGGAAAAAAAAUAACCGGAUACCCGAUAAUAUCCGACCAAAUUUUGCUGGGUAUCGGAUGUCUAUAUCUUACAGGAUAUUGGAUACUAUUUUCUGGAUCCAGCUCAUCCCUUACGUCAGAUGAUCUUUCUGUUAAAUGAUGAAGAUAAUUUAAGAUUGGUGUGGUUAAGGUCGUAUCAGAUAGUUUCACUCUACACUCUGAGAUCCGUCAAUAGAUGAUCCCAAUAGAUGAUUCCACUCAUUCUAUCGUGCCUGCGAACAAAAUUCAAAAUAUCUCGUGCAUUUUAAAGAUGUGUGUUCAGUCGUGACCUAUUUAACAAAUGUUCCAACUUGCGAACUUGACAUGCUCUGAUGAUCCGUGUGCACCACCUAUACCAGGGCGCUUACAUAAUAUAUAAUAUAAUAUAUAUUAUAAAUUAUAUAACAUAUAUUAUAUAAGCGCCCUGACCUAUACUCUACAUUAUGAACUUUAGAGAACAACAAUUUAUAAUCAUUGCAUUUUCAUUUUGUUGUAACUUCAAUCAUGUUUUUCUUUAACAAAUAGGCAGGAAAGGGCGGAAGGGAGCUUCUGAAUCUGAAGACGAACCCCGUCCUGUUUAUGAAGUAUUGAAAACGUUUGAAGGCGAAAUGCCUGAUGUAAGUUAUGUUGUAUUUUUAUGCAAUGAUUUUCCCAUAAAUUCGCUAUCGCAAACCAUCGACAAGUUUAAAUAUUUAGGAUUUGGGGAGAAUAGCUUUCUCACUUUCGGUUGCGAAAUCGAAUCGUUUUCUCAACUCAUUAUUAGUAGUAAUUUCAAAUACAUACAGUACUAGCCUAAUUAUAAAUACACAAUGGCUCAGUGUAAAGAGCAGUAUUUACCAGUAUGCAAACACUCUUGAAGACGUAUACAGUGCAGGUAGCGUUGAACAAUAUACUGUACUUUACUUGAACAAUACUGAUAAAUACAGCGUAAGCAUGCAGAAUAUACGUUCCGGACGAAAGGCCUUGAAACAGUUUGUAAAUGAUCCUAGCUGUAAUCGUUCAAGUACUACAAAUAGUUAACAAAUAGAAAGCAUUCUAGGGCUGCGGUUGUUCAAAGCAUGAUUAUAGCGCUAACCGUGUGUGAAAAUUUAAUCCGCUGUUUCGUUUUGUUUUAAAAAAUUGAAAGUAGAACUUUUAUUGAUUCAGACAAGAUUUGAGACAAGAUGAACCGAUGAGAGCAGCCCUAUUAUUAUUCACUGGCUAUUUAGCAGUGUUGUCUAAACUCUGGACGAUAUUAAUGGAUACUGUAGAUAGAUAGAUGGUUUUAUUCAAUACCUUGACUUGCAGUAUACCUACUGAAUUGACAUGGUUCACAGUUGAGAAGAAGAUAAAGCGAAAAGUUUUUUUAAACGUUUUACAACAAAACUCAUUAUAGUACAACUCGAAAAGCCUGUGCCAGUGUAGGUAGUGAUAACAACACUAGAAUACUGCAGAUUGAGAGGGAUUCAACAACCUAAAAAGUACAAGUAAAACUUCGACGUUUUCCUUGUAAGGGCCUUCGCUUGAAACGUCGACGUUUUACUUGUGUAUUACAGAGAUGUAACUUAACACUUGCCCGCUUGCCCGGGCCAAGUGAAUAUCAUGACGGCAAGUAAACGUUUUAUCUUGCUUGCCCGAUUGGGCUAGUUGCCUUGCCACAAAAAGCUCGACAUCUUUAAGUUUAUGUUUUCAUUGUCGGAUAAAUUUUUUAUGCAUGUAUUUGAUUCAAAUUUUGUUUUUCUUUGUGGGCCAAAGCUAGAUCUGAGGCAGUAUAACAUAGCCAUAUAGAGCUGCAGUGGGAGAACGGGUCGACAGGUUUUCCCCUUAAUUUAUACCCCCUACCUAGGUACCCCUGUGGCCAUUGUCUGAUGGCAAGUUAAUUUUAUUCAGGGCAACUGAUUUUCAUGACCAACUUGCCCUGAGGGCAAGUGGUCAAAAAAGUAAAGUUACACCACUGUAUUAAUACAAUGUUUUCCAACAGAAUGCUCGUGUUUCUGAUGAUGAUGAUGACAAACGUAAUGACGUACUCAACAAUGACGAUCCUCACAGUCUACUGGACGUUGAUCUUGAAAAGUACAGUAUUAGUUUUUGUUUCUUUUACAGUAAAACCUAUUCAUAAAAGAACCACUAUAUACUUGGAUGUCAAGGUGAAGCGGUUCUUGUAUAAUGGGUACUUAGUGAGGAAUCAGGCCGAGUUGAUUCUUAACUUUUUAUUUCUAGUCAAAAACAAUUGUUCCUGAUUUAGUGAUUUGAAGUAUUACACUUUGGAUUAAUUGCUUUUUAAAAGCCUCCGAAUUUGAUAUAAAAUGUAUCCUCGUUCAGUACUAAACAACAGACUAUGUUUUUGCUUUUGCAAUAGUGUUGAAUUAAGUUUUACCUGUCUAUUCCAGCCCUCAGAACAUGCUGUCUACAUCAGCUAAAGUACAAAUUAAAGUACAAAUUAAAGAACCAAUUUCAUUUGUCAGCCUGAAGUGGUUCUUGGAGAUUGGAUGCUUAAUUGCCUAAAUGGCUGGUUGUUCUCAAUGUAUAUUGGUUCUUUUCUGUGGGUUUUCACUGUAUUCAUUUGGGCAUCUCUUAGAGGUCCAGGACAUUCACACGAGUGAAGUCCGCAGCGAAAAUGGACCGCACGUUUUAAUGGUGUAGGUAAUAAGCGCCUGGCUCUGACGACUGCUCUAUGAAGCAACGGUUUAGGCGGUUCUUUCAAAUCAUUUUGCACCUUAGCCAUUCUGAUUUCUUAUUUAAUUUUCUCUAGACCUCUGGAAGACAGCGAAAGAUUGCCAGUUCGGACACAUCGUAUCACUUCACCUCAAACGGAGCAGAAAGAAAAUGACGAAACUGAACUUGUAAGUUAUUUAUUUGUUGUCUUGCUCUUAUCAGUGUCACAAAUUCUGACAUCUAGAUCGCUGGCCCGUGAUGAAACCCAACAAUAUAUUAUAGUAUAGGAAUGCCUGUUGAUGCUUCACUGUUAUCAAGAAAAUUGCAUACCUAUCUUUCUAUUUUUGUGGCAGUUGAAAAUUUACUCGCAGAUUCUCGGUUUUUGGACUUCUUAUAGUCUCUUUUCAAUUCAUAUAAAAGUAAUUUUCCCUUCACGACCCUUAAUACAUCAUAUUUUAUUAUUUUUUUCUAAAUGCAAGGUAAUUUAUACUUGUGGUUUGUGGUUUGUCAUAAAAUCAGAAUCCCCUUAAACGAUUUGACAUAAUUAUAUGGCCCACAAGUUCGAUUCCUGCCCAAAGGCGAGGUGAUUAUCGGUGAAUAAAAACUGAGACGAAGUCGAGGUUUUUAUUCACGAUAAUCACCGAGCCUGAGGUGAAUAAUUGUUUUAGUAUAAUUUCAUAGACUAUUAUUUGGAAAAAAUAUAAAAAUACACAUUUCUUUGUCAUUUAAUUGACAAAAAAUCGAAAAUCGCUUAGGUGAUUAUCGCGUAAUAAUCACCUCAACGGCAACCAAUCAGCGUGGAGAAUUUUCAAUAAUCACCUAUGUAAUUAUACUAAAUCUAAAUAUUGUAUAUAUUUAUAAAUUUUCAUUCCAACAUUCCAUCUACAUAAUUAGGUAUACAUUUUUUCUCGCAUUUUCGUAAAUCGAAAGUCGCGAAAUACUCAUUGUUUUAAUCAUGCAGGAAAAGAAAGAGAAGAAAAAGAAGAAGGAAAAACAUCGAAAGAAAUCACAUAGAGAUGACAAAGAGGUAUGUUCAUUGUAAUUCAAUACUUCAAGAGCAUUCUACAAUGGGCUAUUCCAGUUAAAAAACGUAACCCCCCCCCCCUAUCGAGGACAAAAGUUUUACUAUACCCCUAAGAAUUCCUGUCGUAAAAGAGAUCCUCUGAAGAGUUACCCCCUGAAGAAUCUCAAUUACUUUACAUUUUGCCUCUGAGGUAAUCGCAUUCUUCACUCACCCCCUGAAGAAUUCCACAGGAGAAUUUGUUUACCCCUGAGGAAUUCCAGGGCUAAAACUCACCUUACCCCUGAAGAAUUCCAAGCUCCUCGAUAGGGGUGGGGGAUCGAUAAAUGGAGCAGCCAAUAACCUUGAUUCUUGAACCAUAACUUUGCCUUUGCUUGAAAUGCAGAAGUAUUCAAGUAGAUCCGAACCAAACCACCGAAGCUGAUAUGAAUAAGAUGUGUUUUCGCUGAGCAAACAGAUCCAAACCUGAACGUAAUGCACCCAUCAAUUAUAGGGAGAUGUGCAUGGUUAUUACACUCGAAAUCAUUUAUGGUUCAAUCGUUAGAGUAUAUCGGGUCCAGGGGUUUUAUUUAUAUGUGAUUUGGAUUAUUUCACGAAAAAUUGCAACCUUGCUAGGCAAUAACUUCAUCUUUAUGGAUAAUUAAUUGUCUGUUUAAGUGACCAGAGAUGACAUCGUAUUAAGUUUAUAGUAAAAACCCGUCCGUAUUCUCAAUAUGCGUACUUCCUGUCCGUAAGGCGUUCGGUGGUGUGAUUGACAUUAAAGGUGUGAUCUUUGUUUUAGCACCGCCAUAGCAAGCAUAAACACGGCAAAGAUGGAAAGAAAAAGCGAAAACACCACACGUCAGGUAUUUCAUGUGCAAUAUACAUACAUGCACGUUCACGAAGACGGCAGUUAAUAUUAUUGACAUGCAUUGAUUAUAUUUAGAAGGACAUCAGUAUUGAAAUUAGUUAAGUUGACGGGUUAGUACCAUUGAACUAUAAAUAAACUGGAAGGCUAACUCAGGGGGGGAAAUUGAAGCCAGUGCAUUUUAGUUUUUCUGAGUUAUGAGCAGAAAUACUCAACACUGAACGUUGGGCUAUAUAUCAAAUUGAAGCUAUUGAAAAACUCUAUUUGGUGUAGAAAUUUCAAGACUUUAGCUAAAAGGGAAAUAUUGAAAAACUACAAACAUAAUUACCGAUAAUUUGCCGUUUUGCAGUUGUUUUUGUAUUUUUUAAAUAUUUUUCUUUUCGCUGAAGUCUUGAAAUUUUCACACCAAAUAGCAAUUUCCAAUAGCUUCAAUUUGAUAUAUAGCCCGACGUUUGGGGUCAAGUAUUUCUGCUCAUAACUCAGAAAAACUAUUUUGGCUUCAUCAAAUCAUAGGCCUUCAUCAUAGCAGUUAGCCUUCCAGUUUAUUUAUAGUUCAAUGGUUAGUACUCUUAAUACACUGACGUCACAAGCUGGGCACAGACUUUUUGAAAUACUGAAAUCUUAUCAGCCAUUUCGCUCGUUAAAUUCAGAACUUACUAGCUAAAUUCCAAGUCCAGCAUGUAAUGAAGAUAAUGAAGAUAAAAAGAUUAAUGAAGAAAACAAGAUUAAGUGUUAAGGAUUCCAAAAAUAAAAACCAUUGCUUACGUUACAAUGCAGCUCGUACUUCUUUGAGGGAGCGAUCUCAAAUUUUGGGAAAGAAGUUGAUGGGCUCGUAUAAGACUCUACACAAGUCAGUAGAGCCAACUUCAGUAAUGUAAUUACUACCUGCAAGUUUGACAAAAUACAAUAAAGCAAAAAUCCAAAAUAGGUAUGAGGAAAUAUUGGGUAAUAAAUAAUGAUUUUUGAUAUUUCAGGCGAAAAGACGGAAGUUGUGCAAGAUUCGCCAGCUGUGGUUCAGACACCUGAAGUUGAAGUUGUUGUGGAGGUGGAAGACGAGCAACCACAGAAAUCACCUGAUGUAAGUCAACGUUUUCAUCAUUCACUACGUAAAGUACUGUACACGUGUAUAAAAUCUCUCAAGUAGUUCCUGACCCAGACCUGGGAAAAAGUGGGAUCUCGGGAUCCUGAGGAAGAUCUCAUAGUAAUAUGGAUUUCACACAUAUUAUGGGAGAAUCUUAAGGAGUCAUUAUAUUAUACUUAUCAUUUAUAGACCCUCCGCUUGGGGGUUUCGACGAAAUAUUACCCUCAGUGAUGAUAUGAAAUUUCAUCACUGAGGGUAAUAUUUCGCCGAAUCCCCCUCGCGCUCCAGGUCUAUAAAUGAUAUAUUAUACCGAAGUGCCAAAUGCGAUGACGUAACGCGUGAUUCGAUUAUACAUUUAAUACUCACAUGGCACAAACUUAGCUUUCUGAUUGGACACUUUGAAUUUGAGGUGUAAUAUUUCCUUUUCUAUCAUUUGAGAUUGUAAAAUGUUGUUCAAUGUUCAAAUUUGUACGGUCAAAUUUUCAAACGCACUUUUGGGAACAUUUAUCCCGACAAGUUAAACAAUUUCUUUAUCAAUCAGACGGACGUGUUUGUCCUUUUGUAACAAGUGCACAUGUUCAGUAAUUCAUGUUUAAUUAAAGUUUAUUUAGUCCUAACUGUCUUGAAUGAAAGUGUCGCUAUAUUUCUACAGUCAGUAAAAACUGAUUUACACAGAGCAUACAAGAAGAGACAAGAUAUACAGUAUCCACAUUAUUUCACAUAUUAGAUGGUUUGUUGUAGAUGGAAUAUUCGAACGCAAGUUUUAGAUCUAACCAGGGGCAGUUGCGUAAAAUGCAACUAUAGCAGGAGUCCCUCUAUAGCAGGAAUCCCUCUAUAGCAGGAGUCCCUCUAUAGCAGGAAUCCCUCUAUAGCAGGAAUCCCUCUAUAGCAGGAGUCCCUCUAUAGCAGGAAUCCCUCUAUAGCAGGAAUCCCUCUAUAGCAGGAAUCCCUCUAUAGCAGGAAUCCCUCUAUAGCAGGAGUCCCUCUAUAGCAGGAGUCUUUCUAUAGCAGGAGUCCCUCUAUAGCAGGAGUCCCUCUAUAGCAGGAAUCCCUCUAUAGCAGGAAUCCCUCUAUAGCAGGAAUCCCUCUAUAGCAGGAGUCCCUCUAUAACAGGAGUCCCUCUAUAGCAGGAAUCCCUCUAUAGCAGGAGUCCCUCUAUAGCAGGAAUCCCUCUAUAGCAGGAGUCCCUCUAUAGCAGGAAUCCCUCUAUAGCAGGAGUCCCUCUAUAGCAGGAGUCCCUCUAUAGCAGGAGUCCCUCUAUAGCAGGAGUCCCUCUAUAGCAGGAGUCCCUCUAUAGCAGGAGUCCCUCUAUAGCAGGAAUCCCUCUAUAGCAGGAGUCCCUCUAUAGCAGGAAUCGAACCUGCGGCCCUGCGAUUCCGGUGCAGUUCUCUAAUCAACUGAAUUAAAGAGUCUAUGGUUGCCGAGCUUUAGCCACACAUGCAUGCAUGCAUGUACUUAUUUUUAUUUAUUUAUUUAUUUAAUUCGCCUUGUACAUAUUACAGUGGCAGGGAAUCCGCAACAGCGUUUGCCAAUUACAGCGGCCCCGAAAAAAAUGUACAAUGGAAAAAUGUACAAUGGAGUGAUGCCCGUUGAACGUAUAUGAAUGAACUCCAAUUUAUGUACAUUUUAUGUGCAUAAAAUUGCGUUCGAACAUUCCAUCCACAAGAAACCCAUCUACUGUUAGCUCUAUCGAACGAGAUUUCCCAAAAUCUCGAUAUUUCACAUAUUUACCGUCUUUACCAUGUCAUUUUCGACGACCAAAUAAAAACGAGGCUUAUUAAAGUACAUGCCUUCGUCUCUACGGCUGGGGUUCAAUCACGAUUGCUUGAGUAUAAUUUUUGCCUCGGUCACAUGUGAGAGAAUUACUCCCAGUUUCACUUUUGUCUAUGAACAGCGUGGUUAACAUAGAGCGAUAUAUCAACACAUGUCGUUGAAACAUAAAUAUGUUUUCUUUAGGUUAAUGAUGUCGACUAUUGGCUUUCCACUCCUGAACCAAAGCCAGCAACACAAACACCGUCAGAGUCUCUGGUAUGUUCACAUUUUUUGUGAAAGGCAUACAUAUACUAUCUUCUCAAAAUCAUUUCACCAAGCCUAUUUGACAUUUUAUAUUCGUAUACCACUUACCACAUAAAAUUUUUCUAUCUUUUCUAUAGAAAAAUGAGGUAAAACCAGAUUUACCUGAACCACCGGUAUCAGUAGCAGUGGAAACACCAAAAUCCUCAAAAGUAA